CUGGGAAACUUACUUGAUACGUACUUUGUUUAAACCUCGAAUGUUAUUAUUUAUGGAUUUAAUUUAUUGCUCUCACUUUUUAAGAAUUUAGAUUAAUAUUUUUUCUACUGUUGUUUUGGUUGAACACUCCAGAUUCUCUGGAAAAGGAAUAUUAAAUGAAAAAUAAUGCUGUGCCAGUACUACAUCUGUCUUUUGCCUCCUGAUUUAUGGAUUUAUUAGAAAGUUGACGCUUAGUGGCAUUAAGUUGUUCAUCUUGAAUAAUUUAUUCAGAAUCUCCAAUGUUACUACACAGUUUUAGUCACGUUUUGAUAUGAAUGCUGUGUGACUGAUCCAUAAAACAGAAGUACCAACAACUGAAUGACCAUUAACGAAGCUCCUGAUCAGAGCUCAUGAACAGUUUAUGGAAAGUGAUGCUGAGAUUUGAAAGAGACUCUAUGCCCUAAACUGACUUCCGUUUAGUAAAGAAUGCUUUUGUCUUCUCUAUGCAUCCUCUUCACCUGUUAGAAAAAAAACUUGAUUCUGAAGAAACUGGAGCUUUCACAACACCUGCAACCUGCGAUGUAGCAACCUCUACUGCCAAAUCUGCACAUUUUUAGGGAAGCUAUCGGUGCCAAAUUGUUGCGUAGGUUCAAAUUUAACUCAUAAAAAAUCAAAGCACUCAAAGACCCUCUGGGCAAUCCUGCACCCGACCCCCAUCAUUAGACUGGUCGAGACUCUGUCUCUGCAUGCAGAGGAAAAGAAGGAAAACGUUUCCUAAUUCAAGGAAUGAAGAAGUAGAAAAAAAUCCCCUUCUCUUCUGUGACGGGCAUUUUGAGUGGUUGGCAGCUCGGUAUAUAAAUCCAGUACAAGUUGUUGGUUUCACAGAGAGAGUUGUGCACAGAACGUUGAGACACCACACCGGAAAGAAGACACUAUGUCGGCACGGACGCACAACGCCCUCCUCUCAGCAAUGGCUGCACUGCUGCUCCUGACCACAACGGGACAAUCUGCCAUGCAGACCACAGGAAGUCCCGACCCUCUGACCUCACGCCUGACCACACAGCUCACCAACAGCAGCACAGAGGAACCUCGGGUUCUGCUCUCUUACAGGCCCUGCAGAACUGAACACUUAGACUUCUGCAAAAACGGUGGCAAGUGCAUGUACCACCAGGACAUCGAGAAGCCCCUUUGCAACUGCCCGUCGUCCUACAGCGGGGAGCGCUGCAUGUUCAUAGAGGGCCGCACUUACACCGCGCCUGAGUGGGAGCAACUGAUCGGGAUCGGUUUUGGGGUAGCCGUGCUCAUCCUGGUCCUGGCCUUCAUCAUUUACUGCCUCGCUUCUAAGAGGUGUAUAAAAUUUGCACCGUUCAAGCAAACCAGCCCCGUUUGAGUCGUCGUUGUGCCCCCUGUUCAUCAUCCUCACCGUCAUGAAAUCACUUCAUUGUCCUUCAAAGAAUGAUGAACAAAUAUGACUAUUUAUUGUAUUACAGAAAUUAACUUAUUAAAUUUAUUUUAUCUUUUGUAAUUUAUGAAAAAUGAAUGCAUCAUUGAAUGUUUUGUAGGUUUGAAUUGAUACCCACACACACUUAUUAAAUUGUUACUUAAAAAGAUUGAUAUUUUGUCUAAGCAUAUUCUUUGUUAUAGCACUGUUUUGAAUUAUAUAAAAUGUAAAACAAAAUAAAAAUGAAG